AUGUUGACAUUUUGGAAAUUAUGUAAGAAAGGAGUUACUAGCACUCACAUUUUACCGACUGAUAAGAAACGACUUCGAGGUCCAUCAAAACCUCCAGGAGUUUCAUCACACAUGGAGCAAACACGUGGAUUAUCAAAAUCAAAGAGGACAAUGGUCCACCACAACCCUUACACUGCCGACCAGAAACAUCUUGCAUCUAUGCUAAGCUCUAAACUAGGUGCUACCAACUAUCCGAAACCAAAAGAACACACGCCACCCAUGUGUGAGGCACUAAAAUUAAUUGCUUUCGAGGUGAAGGGUUGA